AUGUAUCUCCAUGACGCAAGUGGCCGUGUGUGUAUAAAUAACAGUUACUGCUGGAUCAGUUUAUCAAUGGCGAACUAGUAACAGUUAUUUCCAGCCAAAAUCUAAAUAUUUUUGCAAUAUAUACGUUUUAUUGACCAAUUCGUUCGCAAAUCACCUGGAUUAUUUUUUUGUAUACACUGGAAAUAAAAAGGAGAUCUUUGAAAGAGACGAAAAUGAAGUACAUUAUAGGAAUUGGCGGUGUCACAAAUGGUGGUAAAACCACUCUGACCAACAAACUGAUCAAGUCCUUGCCCAACUGUUGUGUCGUGCACCAGGACGACUUUUUCAAGAAACCCGAUCAGAUAGAAGUCGGGGACGACGGAUUUAGACAGUGGGAUGUCAUCACAGCCCUGGAUAUGGACGCCAUGACCAACACCAUCAAGGGCUGGGUGGAGAAUCCGGCUAAGUUUGCCCGUACCCACGGUGUCACCGUGUCCAACACCUCCCACAUGAGCGGCGGUGAGGAGCAGGUUCACAUCCUGAUCGUCGAGGGAUUUCUACUGUACAACUACCAGCCCCUGACGGAGUAUUUCAGCAAAUGCUAUUUCAUCUCCAUUCCAUACCAGGAGUGCAAGAGCCGAAGGAGUACGAGGAAUUACACCGUCCCGGACCCGCCGGGUUUGUUUGACGGCCAUGUGUGGCCCAUGUACCUGAAGCACAGGACUGAGAUGGAGGACAGCCCGUUGACCAUCGAGUAUGUGGACGGUUUGGCUACGAAAGAGGAGAUGUACACUCAGGUGUAUGAAGAUAUACAGAACACCCUCCUCAAUCGUUUAUAGCGAGAAGAGGCCUUCCUGUAAAAAUGUGUAAAUAGAACCAACGGCAUUUGUUUCUGUGUAAAUAGCGUACAUUCAUUGUUAAAUUAUCAAAGCCUGUUCUCAUUAGAUGAAUUUUCUCCUAUUUUUUGAUAAGUUUGUGAUUGUUGAGAUUUUUGUACGUAAAAAAGAACACCAAGUGGUACAUUGACCAUUAGCUCACACUCGUCAUCAUUUACAAAUAAAUACAUGAGUUUUUGAACCCUU